CAUUUCAUUGCGGUUUACUACUGCAGCUGCAGCGGUUUUUGUGGCGCGUCGAUUUUUUUCUGACGAAGAAAAUAAUAUAUCUACAGACAAAUUUCAACUUAUAUUAGCAGUUAUAUGUCUAAUGAAGAUUACAGUUAUUUGUCUAUAUAUUAUUAAGAUAUAUAAAUAAUAUAUAGAUACUUUUAUUAAAUAAUAAGAGUAUCAAUAACAUUUAUAUACUUGGUUACAAUUAUUAUUUUUUUCUUGCUGAUCAUUUUUUAAGAAGAAAAAAGAAAUGCUGUGUACUGAAAGUUGGAGGGGAGAACUUCCAUUAUUUACCAAGAAGAUAGCAGAAACCUCUUCAUCAAAUGCUCAAGUAUCUACUGUUCUUUCUGAGCACCCUGGUGAAUUAGUUAAAACCGGAUCACCAAAUUUUGUUUGUUCCGUUUUACCAUCACAUUGGAGAUCGAACAAGACGCUUCCGGUAACAUUUAAGGUUGUCGCCUUGGGAGACGUUAAGGACGGCACAAAAGUACAAAUAUCGGCUGGUAAUGAUGAAAAUUAUUGUGCCGAAUUGAGAAAUUCCACAGCCUUUGUUAAGAAUCAAGUAGCAAAAUUCAACGAUUUGAGAUUUGUCGGACGAAGUGGACGAGGAAAGUCCUUCAAUUUGGUUAUAACAGUUUACACAAGUCCACCACAAGUUGCUUGCUAUCAAAAAGCCAUCAAAGUAACGGUUGAUGGUCCUAGAGAGCCAAGGUCAAAGACUAAAUUGAGAACGGAUGAUAGAAGAUUGCCAGUGCGUCUUCACGAUCCACAAUUGGGUGUGCCGAGACCAAUGCAAGAAAUCCAGUCUUUCGCUCACCCAUCUCAGCCGCCACCACCGCCUCCUCCACCACAGCCUUCGUCAAACUGGACAGCAUCUUUUUCCUUUGAUUCAUUUGAACCACCUGAGCCGAUUCUGCCGCGUUACUCCAAUCUAACGGAAGUUCCGAAUGAUUUUCUUCCUUUCUCGUCUUCCUAUUCAUCGUUCAACGCUCCCACUUAUAUUGGUGGGAACCUAUCUCUUCCAGCACCUCCACCGCCACCACCAAUGCCACCUCCUGCUACUUCUCAACAGCAAAAGGAUCACAAAGCUAACGAGGAUAACGUAUCAAUGUGGCGACCAUUUUAUUCUCAAUGAACAAUCUAUCAUUUUAAAAGGAAAUUUCUAUUACCUUUUUUUCUUUUUUUUUAAAUCCAAUUAGUUAAUUAACUAAACAAAGAGAUCGAAAGGCUACAGCCACAUCAAUAAAUGUACGGAAGUUCUGUUCUGUCCUUUAUCAUUCGUCGCUAUUGAAAGAGAUUUUCCCGCGCGUUGACAAAGCAAUAUGGUAUUCAGAUAUAUAUACCUUAUAUAAUAGAACCCUGCAUUUAUAUAUAUGAAUAUAUCGUAUAUACAGUAAAUGUAUACGAAUAAACAUUAAGAUUUGCAAGAGGAAGAUCACUAAGUAAUACGAAAAUAGUACGAAAAUAAUUAACCCAAACUCUAUGUUUGUAGUAUCCAGCCAACUCGUCUUCAAGCACUUUAGAGCUUUCAUAUACCCUUUUUUCUUCAACUUAUUAAUCUCUUUAGGCAAAGCAAUAUAAGGAUUUUAAUUUAGUUCUAAAAAACGGUUAAAAUAUGGCGCUCAAUAUAUAAAUAUAUUGUUUCUCUGCUUGUCAAGGCACGUGCGGGAUAAAAUUCUUUAUUAUAUAGCCUGGUUCCUGAGUGAAACUCCCCUCAUCCUCGUUUGCAAACAAAGGGAUUAGUAUAGUUAUGGAAUUGGAAUUUAGCGUAGGCGGACAAAAUUUUCCAUCUGUAUACAAACUAGAAAGCGUCACCCUAACCGUUACGCGACCUAACUAGCCGGUGCACUUCUUUGUUUUCGCCUCACGAAUCUAAUUAGGACACGCUAAACGCCGGUUAGGUGGUCUGCCGCCGAACAGCGUCGCUUAACUAAGACGCUGGCGUCUAAUACCAGACUAUUUUCUCAAAUAACACCUGCCGUUCUUUGUUCCUUACAUAUUUCUUUCUUCCCAUGCGUUUUUUUUUACUUAAAUAUCACCAAUCCCUAAAAAAAAGCCUGUUUUUUUCAAAUUCAACGUUUACAGCUAUAUAAAUAAGUAUAAAAAUGAAUUUGUUAAAGAAAAUACGACUAUAGCUAAAAAUACGUGAGGAAUUUCAUUCACAAAAUCACCUUACAAAAAUAUGUUUUUAUUUGGCCAAUGUAAUUGUACACUAAAGCUGGUUUAUUGAGAGUAAACUAGUUCUUCUAUAUAGUUCUUUUAAGUCUGUCGAUCGAUUUUUUUCAAUUAUAUAAACAAAGAGACUGCACGCUUUCCUCUUCAGUAUAACUUUUGGUUAAAUUGAAUGUACUAUACAUAAGGACAUCGAAGACAGUAAACAACUUAUCUGUCAAAAAUUUGGCUACUAAUCGAAGGAUUAUCGUUUUAUGUCAAUAUCCGGUGCGGUGUAAAGAUGUUGCGCCAUCUACCGAUCUCUUAAAAUAUCGAUUGGCGAAAGUUGAUGGAACCAGUCGCCCCGUACUCUUAAUACAAGAGAUAGUCCCCAAUUUAUAUUCAUCUUUCGUAAAUAUUCUUUACAGUCUUAGAAUUGCAGCACAAAAAAUUUUACUUGGAUCAAUUCCCACUCCAUUUCAAAUGCUAUAUAUAGGCAAAAUCUAAAUUUUGUAAAGUCAACAUUUUUGUAUAUAUAGAACUUAACCUAGUUUUUGAUAAGUAUUAAAAUGUUUAAUAAACAAGUUAUAAAAUUCACUUGUUAAAACAUUGAGCAAUAUUUACUACUACAGGUGGUAAAAAUAAAUCAGUGGAAUCGACAAUAGAUGGCAGCAUCUACAGCUAGGUUUAAUUUGGGUAUACUAGUCAAUAUAUAAGGGCGUAUAAGGUAAAUUCAAUAAAAGAAAGGAAAAAAAGAGUUGUAUCGA